UGUCUGAGGAGCAAACACAAGCUGGAAAACCUUGACUGCUGCAGCUACUGUCUCCUCUGACUUACUGUUUCACACACACACACACACACACACACACAGACACACACACACACACACACACACAGAUACACACACACGUAUACACACCAACUCAGCACUGCCUGCUCACAGUCAGUCGUAGCUCUUCAACAGGGGAGUAAAUGUCUGCAAGAGAGGACUAAUCCUGACUGAAGGUUGAAUCCUGUCCAACUACAUCUCUGAAACCCACCAGCUGGGUCCAAGAGGGAUGGAGGGAGAAGGCAUUAAUCCUGGGGUAGCUAUGGAUUCAGGUAACCCUUUGUUAAGAGCAGUCUUCCUUCGGCGCCUGCGUCUCACGCGGCUGCUCCUGGAGGGAGGUGCUUACAUCAAUGAGAGCGACAGCCAAGGCCAGACACCCCUAAUGAUGGCCUGCAGGACCCAGCAUACCGAUGCCCAGAGCGCCAGCCGGGUCAAGCUGGUCCAGUUCCUUCUGGAGAAAGGAGCGGACCCCAACAUCCAGGACAAGGAGGGUCGCUCUGCGCUGAUGCACGCCUGCCGGGAGCAGGCCGGCUCCGAGGUGGUGUCCCUGCUGCUGGCUAGUGGAGCGGACAUCAGCCUGGAGGAUCAGUCCGAGACAUCAGCGCUAGUCUACGCAGUCAUGGCUGGAGACUUGAAGGUUCUGAAGCUGUUGCUCGACACUUGCAAGGCCAAGGGGAAGGAAGUGAUCAUCAUAAGCACUGACAAAUUCCCAUGUGGGAAACUGCAAGCCAAGCAGUACCUCAGCAUACCUCACCUUGGUCCUCUUUAUCAGACGAACAAAAUGGCAUCAGCAGCUCCGGCGUCUCCCUCUGAAAUCCAGCUCAUCACCUCCCCCCAGUGUACUUCCUCUGUCUUCUCCUUUAAAGAAGGUUUAAGCUCCCAUCCAUCUUCCCCAUCACGGUUUCAAAGGCUUGGCCAAGUGGCGCCGUACGGCCUGCAGCAGCCACUCAUGAGGUUGAACUCUGAGCCCUGGCUAAAGAUCCCAGUGUCUCUGCUCAGCCAGCAGCCUCACGCAGCCUUGUUUUCAGAAAACAACAAAGACCUCCACCAAACUGAGGAUAUCUCUGCCAGAAUUCUCAAACUGGACAGCACAAAUUCCACAACUGACAGCUUCAAAUGGUACGAAGAAAGAUUGGCAAGGGACAGAGCAGUAGACGGAAAGAAUGAAUGUGCCAAACAUGUUGGACAAAAGAUGUCCUUACCAGGUCUCCUAUUAUCCCACUCUGCCUCCCACCCUAACCUCCAUGCUGCAAACCUUGGAACAGAUUCACUCGCCUCUUCUUCCUCCUUUUCUGGGGGCAAAAACCUUGGCACUCCACUUCACAGCAUGGCCUCGUCAAGCCUUCAAAGCAUAAUCCAGAGGCGCAAGCUUGGGGCGGACAUCUACAGCUCUGACCCGCAGCUAGCUAGAGACAUCCACAAUCUGCCUGAGGAGAGAGCAAGAGACCUAAUAGAUGGCAAGAGGCUGGCCCCCUUACAUUGCUCCAGCACACUGGGCUCCAGGGAGUCACUGUCAACCUCGGGCCCAAGCAGGAGAGUGUUGGCUGGGUAUGAGCGCAGAGGGUCUGGAGCCUUCUUGUUGGACCACAACUCCCAGGCCAGGCCUAGAUCUCUGCCACCUCUGGCCCUCAACUCCCACAUCCUUAAUGUUUAUAACCUCAGCUCCAGUGCUGGAAGUGGUAUCUGUGAGAAAGAGUCUGGUCUUAAGAAUUUCCUUCCCUCUGCUCCUCCUGGGCACCCCAAAGAGCUGACCAGGAGGAUGCUGCUGAGGAGACACUCAAUGCAGACUGAACAGUUUAAAACCACAGCCUGAAAUUCAGCCAGGAGGGAAGUUCGUCUGUGUUCUAAUGUUUUGUCAUGUGAUGUAGUGUCUGUGGUGAAAUUCAAUGAGGGCAACCAAAGAGGAUAUACAAGAAAAAACAAAGCAUCCUAAUUGAUGUAACAUUCAAACUGUAGGUACCUUCCUUUGCGUCAGUGUGCCGUGCGUCACUGUGCCUGUGGCUUUAGUGUGCAGUUUUGUGACACUUCUUUAAAGCCGUAUUAAGAUUUCUCAGCCACUUGGGGCCAGCAGAGCAAGCUCAAAACAUCUGAUUCAUUGCCACUUUUUUUUAAAGUUGUUUAAGCUAACAUGUUAGAAAAUAGUUUACAUAUCCAGCAGACUCUGCUAACAACAUUAGCAUUCAUCUGAACACCUUUUAGUGCUGGUUUUGGUCUCUAUAGCUGCUAAACGCUCCACUAUGUUCACCAGUAAGUUACUAAUCGUUUCUGUCUGUGGUUUAGUGCUGGACAGGUUGUAUACAGUUGUUUAUUCAGAAGUUUGUUUUUGGAAAACGGGGUUGAUGAGCAGAAUAUACGGGUUCAAAAUAAAAACAAUGCUAUAAGAAGCUAAAAGGCUUCACAGAGCUGAGGGGAACUGCAGUCAGGCGAUACUUAUCUGCGAGUUUGUCUCUACAAGCUACCCUUUUAAAAUUAUACAGUCAUUUUAUCCAUUGUUAAUGUAUUUAAAAUGUUAGUGUGGCUUUAAACUUGUAUUUAUUGAUCAUUUGGAGGCUGUGAUGUUUAUAUGGUAAGCAUGUUAGCAAACAAUGCCCAUUUAGCAGAUAAAGAGCAUUUAUUUAAAGAAGUUUCUGGACAGCUGAUAAAUUGACGUUUAACUCUUCUCUCAGCUGUUUUGGUCUCCACCACCUUCAGAGAAAAAUAUUUGUCUCUUUAGUGAGAUGUUACUAUUCGUCUUUCUUCAGCUUUGUAUUCGACAGGAAGUGUAUAUAGUAGGUUUAACUGAGCUUUUAAAAAAUAGAAAACAGGGUUGAUGUGAGCGUUAACUUGUUCAGAACAAAAACAAUAAGCUAAAAGAGAAGGGAUCAUCCUAGUCUUGGAUUUUUCACUUCAAAACGACACCUUUCGCAUUAUGCAUGGUCAUUUUAUCUAUUUUUAAUAUAACAAAUAUUGACUAGUGCAGCUUUAAAAUCAAAAUGUGUAGAAUUAGAAAAUUCCUGACACUUGCCUCCCCCAGUGGUACCAUCAUAAAGGUCACUGUGGAAGAGGGCAACAUACCGGAUCAGAAUGAGUUGAAAGCUGCUAUUAUCACAUAACACUUCUACAGAUUGUGGCAAUGAGUCCUAAUUUAUGUCUGUUAGAAGCCAUCGUCAGCCACAUUUACUGUGAAAGAACAGCAAAAAAAAAUGUCAAUAAAUGAAUUUAUUGUAAUAAAAAUGUAUCACAAAUCAUUACUAUUCAUUAAGCAUACAUUUAAAAGUGUCCGUCUGUUCUACCAUCCAUAAAGUAACACACCGUAACACACACACACACGUGAACUUACUGCUAAAAACAUAAACAACUGCAGUGUUUCCCACAUAUUUACACAUUUAUGUCGCUUAAAAUGAGAAAAAAAGAGCUUACAAUUUAAGAAUCUCACGAUGAGUCAAUAUAAAAACAGCUUUUAAAAACGAACGGUCGGGGUAUCAGUUUGUGUCCCCUCCGAAUAGAUGAUUUACGAUAACAUGAGGCAAAAUAAAUACAGCUAACAGUAUCUAUGGCAUGUGAUACUGAUAAUACAAACAGUGGCUUAAUACAAGAAAGAAUCUUUGUUUACUUUGCAUCAACACUAUAAAAAAAAAAAAAACAUUGCAAUGUUGCACCAGCUACCAGACUGUGGAAACCUGGGUGUUCGAUGGACAU